ACGUUCAUUACAGAGUCAAGAGCAGCGGAGCGGCCUCACCGAGGCGGAAACGAAGAUAGCCACACGACGCCGAAACAGCGGAACGGCAGCAGAAGGAUCCGGCCAAGUGCUCUAUAGCGAGGUACCGCUGAGGCGGUGUCAGGCUAAAGCAGUUGAUGCGGAGCAGCAGUGCCACGGGCAGCCUGGAGCGAGCAGUCAAGAGCAAUCGAGGCCGGAGCGGCGGCAUGCAGCGAGCAUGGAGGCGGGCGGGCUGCGGCGGCGGCUGGUACACCUGGACCUGAAGGGCGCUCCGCCCCGCGCCUCCUACUUGGCGGAGGUGCUACCGCUGCUCCGCGCCCUGGGCGCCACUGGGCUGCUGCUGGAGUAUGAGGACACUUUCCCCUACGCGGGGCCACUGGAGCCGCUGCGAGCUCCGCAUGCCUACAGUCUCGGGGAGGUGAGAGCGGUACUGAGCCAGGCUAAGGCCCAGGGACUGGAGGUGGUGCCGCUGGUGCAGACCUUUGGACACAUGGAGUUUGUGCUGAAGCACCAAGAGUUCGCUCACCUCCGGGAGGUGAAGGCGUUUCCCAAUGCACUCAACCCACACAAGGAGGAGUCACGGGCGCUGGUCAAAGCCAUGAUUGACCAGGUCAUGGCACUGCACGAAGACUUAGAGUGGUUUCACAUUGGAUGUGAUGAGGUCUACUACCUUGGAGAAGGAGAGGAGUCAAAACAGUGGCUGCAGCAAGGAGGCCACACUCCAGAGAUGCUGUGCUUAUCCCACAUAAAAGCAGUUGCAAGCUGUGUGGCCUCAUCUUACCCCACUGUGACACCCAUCAUGUGGGAUGAUAUGCUCAGAGGGAUGAGUGAGGAAACAUUGGCAGAGUCUGGGGUCCCACAGCUUGUGCAGCCAAUGAUCUGGGACUAUGCAGCAGACCUUGAUGUGGAGAGCAAAGUACAGCUCAUAGAGAAGUAUCAGAGAUGUGGCUUCUCCAAGGUGUGGUUUGCUAGUGCUUUUAAAGGAGCUACAGGAGUGAAUCAGUCUCUAACACUUAUAGAACACCACUUAAAAAACCAUCUCCAGUGGCUGAAAGUGGCCAGCAGUAGCCCUGCUAAGAUCCUUGAAGGUAUCGUGCUGACCGGCUGGCAGAGGUAUGAUCACUUCUCUGUUUUGUGUGAGCUUCUCCCUGUGGCAAUUCCGUCAUUGGCUGUAUGUCUGCAGGCACUGAAGAAUGGUGGCUAUUCUGAAAAGAUUAAAGAAGAUGUGGAAAAACUUCUGGGAAUGUCCAACCUGGAAAUCAAUACUUUCAUGAGCACAAGUGUGGGGACCUUUCCUGGGAGCAAUAUCCUUACUCUUGUGACACAAGUUAGUUUCUACCUCAAGUCAUCAGUGGAUGAACUUCUUGAAAGGAACAGGUACAUUACAGGCUGGUUCAGCCCCUACCACAGGAAAAGGAGGAUUGUUCACCCUAUAAUGAUCCAUCACUUUCAGCCUGAUGCAGUAAGUCUUCUCUCCAAGUGGAAUGCUGUGGUGCAAGACCUCCAAGCAGCCAUGGAGCAAGUUUUCCACCAGUGUACUGUACAGGAGUGGAUGGAGGAGAACGUCCACCCCAGCCUACAGAAGCUUCAACAAGUGGUGGAUGAUUUAGAUAAAGCAAUAAAAGCACAAAAUUAGGGGAAUUUAAGUUAGUCUGUCUUACUCUGUGGAAAAACAUGGCUAGUGGAAAUUGGCAGCUAGCCAUGUUUGUCACCUUUAGAGUUGAAGCAAGAACUGUGAUUAAACAGCAGUGACCUGAAGGCAUAAAGAAAUUUAUUAGCGUAAUAGGCUUCAACUCUUUUUAACUCUCCUGUCUUAACACAUUGCUGAGCCUUAAAUCACCUGCCCUGUAACUCAGAUUUGCUCCUGUUGCAUAAUAGAAUGCAGAAGCAAGUCAGAACUCGGCUGGAUUGCAAAGCAAGAGAAAAACUCAGGUUCUUCCCAAUUCAGUAUUUGUAAUAAUAGACUUUUUACAUAACAGUGACCUGAGAAAGUGCUACAAGUUCUACUCUAGUCAGUAGCAAACUUGUUCUGCUUUGCCAUUUCCAUAAGAAUAACUUAAGAUAUUUUAAACAUGCUUUAGGUCCUCAUGCUCUGUACUGUGACUCCUUAGUCUUUCAGCUAUGUUCAGACAUCCUGCUGUUCCAUCAUGACAAGACUUUCCACAUCUAUCCAUUGAUUUGUUAUAGAUUUUCUUUUGGACUUUGUGUCUCAGAGAUACAAACCCAUCAGGAUUAAGUCCAGCUUUGAUUAACUUAAGGUCCAGCUUUUUGCAGAAGUCAGAGCAAGGAACUGCCGUCCAGCUGCUCAUGAGGUUACAGCAGAUGCAUGGAAGAUGUUGUGUACCAUCAGAGUACAGAGCAAAGGGGAGCUCCAGAAAAGGAGUUUGUCAGCAACAAUGUAGGUUACACUUGGACUUUAGGAGAACUGCAAUAACACAUUUGGCUUCUUGACUUUUCACCAAAGCAUCAUCUAAGCUAAGCAUAGAAGAACGCUGUAAUGUAAAGCAUUUACUUCACCCUGUAAAACCUGGGUCCAACUCCAAGUUUAUCUAGAUUUGAAGCAUGACUCAAGUCUACUGAAUGAGGGGAAAAGGCUACAUUUUAUUCUGCUUUAACAUUGAACUUCUACUAAUAUAUAGCAAUACAUUCUGUGGGCCAAACUGGAGCAUUAAGAUAAUCGCCAGAGGGAAAAUAAGUCAAAGGUCUGGUAGUUAAGUACAUUACUGUGAAGAUUUGAGAUAUUCUUUACCUGGUUGCUUCAUUUUCUGCUUUCUUGGCUUUGUAUGUACAGGUGUUGAGAAUUUCUUGGAACAGUCUAAGGAGUAGAGCUCUGGCUAGAGAAAGCACAAGCAGCACAGCAGAAGACAAACCUCUUAACUUAUUAAAUGAGAGCUGCAGGCCACACGCAGAUUUUUAUCUAGUCAGUUGCUCUGUAUACCUUAAUUACAAAAGGGAUACACAUAAGUAAACAAGAUCUUUAUUUUACUUCAAUAAAUCUUUUGAUAUUCAAA